AUGGUGGCUGGCGAGGCCCAAAUCUCCUCCGUCUUUCCCCCCGUUUCUCUUUCCCCGCCUCCUCCGCAGAAGCCGAGCGCCAAACUCAAACUUUAGCAGGACCCGGACGCUUUUCAGGCUAGUACCGCGGGUCGGGCCUGUUGGACUUUUCCGUGCACCGGCGGGGGCAGCGGUCCAACAUGAGCCAGGUUCUGUUCCAGGAACUAGUCCCGUUGCAGGUGAAAUGCAAAGACUGCGAGGAGAGGAGAGUAAGUGUUAGAGUGAGCGUUGAACUACAAUCAGUUUCCAAUCCAGUUCACAGAAAGGAUUUAGUUAUCCGUCUGACUGAUGAAAGUGAUCCAUUUUUCCUGUAUAACCUCGUUAUAUCUGAGGAGGAUUUUCAGAGUUUAAAAUUCCAGCAAGGUCUUCUGGUAGACUUCUUAGCUUUCCCACAAAAAUUUAUAGAUCUCCUUCAGCAGUGUACUCAAGAACAUGCCAAAGAAAUUCCAAGGUUUUUGCUACAGUUAGUUUCUCCAGCAGCUGUUUUGGAUAACUCACCUGCGUUUUUAAAUGUGGUAGAGACAAAUCCUUUUAAACAUCUUACACACCUCUCACUAAAACUUUUACCUGGAAAUGAUGUGGAGAUAAAGAAGUUUCUAGCAGGCUGUUUGAAAUGUAGCAAGGAAGAAAAACUAUCAUUGACACAAUCACUAGAGGAUGUUACUAGGCAACUGAAUUUCACACAAAAGACAUUAUCAGAAAAAAUCCAAGAAUUAGAUAAGUUACGGAAUGAAUGGGCAUCACACACAGCAGCAUUGUCAAAUAAGCAUUCUCAGGAACUGACAAAUGAGAAGGAAAAAGCCUUGCAGGCACAGGUUCAGUACCAACAGCAGCAUGAACAACAGAAAAAAGAUUUAGAAAUCCUCCACCAGCGAAACAUCCAGCAGUUACAAAACAGAUUGUCUGAGUUAGAAGCAGCUAAUAAGGACCUAACCGAAAGGAAAUAUAAAGGAGACGCCACUGUCAGAGAACUUAAAGCAAAACUGUCUGGUGUUGAAGAGGAGCUUCAGCGGGCUAAGCAAGAAGUCCUCUCUUUGCGAAGAGAGAAUUCGAUGCUAGAUGCUGAAUGCCAUGAAAAAGAAAAGCAUAUUAAUCAGCUACAAACAAAAGUGGCUGUUUUAGAACAGGAAAUCAAGGAUAAGGAGCAGCUUGUUCUAAGAACAAAAGAAGCAUUUGAUACAAUCCAGGAACAAAAGGUGGCUUUAGAAGAAAAUGGUGAGAAAAAUCAGGUACAACUAGGAAAACUUGAAGCUACAAUAAAAUCAUUAUCAGCUGAACUUCUUAAGGCAAAUGAAAUUAUCAAGAAGUUACAAGGUGAUCUGAAAACUUUAAUGGGUAAAUUGAAACUGAAGAACACAGUAACUGUUCAGCAAGAGAAACUCCUGGCUGAGAAGGAAGAAAAAUUACAAAAGGAGCAAAAGGAAUUACAAGAUGUUGGACAGUCUCUCCGAAUUAAAGAGCAAGAGGUAUGCAAAUUACAAGAACAGUUAGAAGCUACAGUUCAAAAACUUGAAGAAAGCAAACAGCUUCUAAAAAAUAAUGAAAAGUUGAUCACAUGGUUAAAUAAAGAACUAAAUGAAAAUCAGCUAGUGAGAAAGCAAGAUGUAUUGGGACCUUCUGCCACUCCACCUCUACAUUCUAGUAGCAACACAAUCAGAAAUGGAAUUUCUCCUAACUCUAAUGUGGUUGAUGGUAGACUGACUUACCCAACUUGUGGGAUUGGUUAUCCUGUCUCCUCUGCAUUUGCAUUCCAGAAUACCUUUCCUCAUCCUAUAUCUGCCAAAAAUACCAUCCACCCAGUUUCAGGACCAAAGGUUCAUUUUAACUUGCAGUUUACAAAACCAAAUACAUCACUAGGAGAUGUUCAGUCAGGAACAACUGUUAGUAUGGCUUGCUCAACUGACAAGGAAAAUGGUGAAAAUUUAGGGCUGGAAUCCAAAUAUCUGAAGAAAAGGGAAGAUAGCAUUCCUUUACGUGGGCUCAGCCAAAAUCUAUUUAAUAAUCCAGACCAUCAAAAAGAUGGCACUUUAGGAGCAUUACAGACAUCUUCAAAAUCCGCAGUGCUCCCGUCUACAUCUUCAGCGUAUUUCCCCGGGCAAUUACCAAACAGUUAAUCUUAGUGUCAUCUUUCAUUUUUCUUUGAAAUUUUAGGAAUUCAUGUGGUUUAAAAAUAUGGAAACAGCAUAGAUCAAAUCUUAAACAAGUGAGUUUCAAAGUUUACUUGAGCUGCUGUUAGGUCCACAUCCUUUAAGCACUGUGUUGUUGACGGCAGGUUAGAGGAGCAGAUUCGUGCUUGGGGAUUGGUAAAGAUUCUGAGUAAAAUGACACUUUUUAGACGGUGAACAUGGUGAUUUAUGGAAUAAUAUUAUGAAUUUUAUUAAUCUAAUCCUUAGAAAUUCUCAUAAGUUCUAAGGAAAGAGUUGAUCCUUACAAGGGACUUUCUAAUCAUAUUGAAUAUCUGGGUAAAUUAAAACCUGCUCAGACCUAGUAGUAUGAAACCAAAGAAUGCUAUUAAUUCAUUUUAUCGUUUUCAUUGGUAAAAUAAAAGUUUUAAAUUUGCUGCGUGAGAAUUACCAGGGAAAAUGAUUAUCUCCUAAGGUAUCUAUAUUAUUGAUAUUUUCAGUAAAGGGAAAGUCCUAAAAUUAGCUUAAAUUACUGAAUUAAUCCUUCAUAGCAAGUAAAUAUUUUCCUUGAAGCCUUUAAAUUAACUAUUGAAUAAGUCUAGUAAGUAAUUUUGAUAAAUAUAUUAUAAAAAUAAUUUGGACAGUCUAUUUACUUGACCAGAUUGGGUAUAAAGUGCUUUAGUCAUUUGAGCUGCAAGGUUUGUAGGAUUUUAAUGCUUCCUGGAAGUCUACACUCAUCCAGUUUUCCUCUUUUAUUUCAAUUUUAUUAGUUAUGCAAUUAAAUCUGUAAUAGUGGAAUUUUGUUUUAAAAAUUGUACUAUACAAAAUCUUUACUAAAAGAGCAUCAUGAAUAUUCAUUGUAUGUUUGUUUAUAAUGUCAGAACGGGUUCAUUUUGAUGUUUGCUUAAUAAUGUAGACAAAAUAAUUAACUUGGAAGAAGUAGUUACAACUUUCUUUUCUUCUAUAACUAAAAGUUUCAAGUAAGAAUAGUUCCUUGGAAAAAACCAGGUGAUUUAAAAUAAUUCACCCAGAAUCAUAGGGUCCCGUUGUUUUCUUAUUGACAGCCAUCCAGUACAGAAUAGCAUUCUCUUAAGAAACCUCUAAAUCAGUUUUUGCUUGCCAAGAUUGCUAAUGCUCAUGUGAUAUUUAAAAAAUUAUUUUCAAGGACCUUAUUACAUACAUGAGGAAAGACAUUUCAAGAUACUAGUGACAUACUGACAUUAUUGGGUUCCAUGAUAAGACAAAGAAUCUUUGCUGAUUUUUUUAUGAAGCGACGACGUUGAGUCUUACGAUACUUUGGAGCUCUGCUGGCAAUUGCAAGCUGUCUUAAACUAAGGAUCUAGUCUAAAAAAUUUAGUAACUAUUAUUAGACUUUUUAUAUGCAGUUCUUUCCUCAUUUAGAUAUAUUAGUAAGAAUACUUGGUUACAGUAACUUGAAAGCACUUACUAAUCUGGAGAGAAGCCUCUUGGUGGUAUUAGAAUCUUUCUUGUACGUACUAUGUAAAAUAUAUAAAACACUGAGACGGGGUUUGGAUGGGGUACAUGACAUACAGGUAGCUUUUUUUUUUUUUAAAUAUAGCUAUCCUUUUCUAUAUCUACACAUGGAAAAAUGGGAGAAUUUCCAAAAGAUAGGAUAAUUUUGAUAUAAACUUGCUGAAGAUAUUUUUUUGUAUUAAAUGUACAUAUACAAACUUCUGAGUGUGCUAAUUCUUUGCUCUACCUCUUAAACUUUAUUUGAAAUUGUUUUGCAGUGUAAAAUUGUACAUGUGUUGAUAAUCAAAAUGUUGCACUUAAUGUAUUUCUGUAAACUGUGUGAGCUUUGUUAAUAAAUUAUUAUUUUGGGAGUAUGAUAUAAAAAGUAUAUAAAAACAGAAAUAGGAUUGACCUACAAUAUCUAUGCUUAGAAAAUUAAGUACUUCCAGUUGUUGUAUGGACUACGUUUUCAUUUCUUUCCUUUUGUCUUCCUACAAGAGUAUUUUAUAGUGAGGGAAGGGAAAUGGAUUCAAAGCUUUGAUUUGUUACUGUAAAAAUGAUUAUGGUAACAAAGUCAAAACAGGCCUUACAGGGAAUCACAGAUCAAGACUUUCUUUAAAAAAAAAAUCAUUAAAAUAUUUAAUUUUAUUAACAGAAUAUUUACAUUUCUUUUAAGACCUUAUUUAACCAUAGUGAAUGUUCCAAGUUUAAAAAGCAUUAAGCAAUAACCACACACAAGAUGAAAACAGUGUAAACUAUACAAUACUUUAUGUACAAUUUUUACAAAGUAACACUUUUUUAAAUAAUAUAACUGGACACAAAAAUAUACACUUUAGAGAAAUUCACAUCAGUAAUUGUAUAAAGCUCUCUUCUAGGGUCCUGAAAAUUUAGGACAAACAUUAGCUCUGUAAAUAAAGUGUUACUGUGACAGUCCCGAAAGGCCACUAUAUAUAUUUAUCUACAGAUAGAUAUCACAUUGACAUUUUCAAGGCUACCAGCUUGACUAGAUAAUUUUUAGAUUAUGUAUUCAAGUGUUGAGGUUCUUAUGAUUAUGCAAACAUUAAAAGAAUAGUGGUAUAAGUAGCUGGGGUACAAAUUUGAGCCAGCAUUUAGAUUUACAGGCUCUAAACACCCCAAUUUAAAUUCUAAAUGGCUGAUAUUUUCUCAUUUCAAAAACAGUAGUGAAUAAUGUUUAAAAUAAAAUUACUACAAACAAGCUUGAAACAUGAUUCAGAUUUAGUACAGUUUUCUUAAGAGUUUUUUUUUAAAUGCAAACAAUUUAUCGUUUCUUUACUUUAGUGUAUCUGCAUUAAGGCUUUGAAUUAUUUGACCCAAGAUUUUACGAUAUUAAAAUCUGACUCAAGAUUUUACAAUGUUAAAACAAACGGGUCCACAACCGUACUACCUGCUGUCUCACUGCGAGUCAGCAUGAUGGAGUUAAAGCUCAACACCUGAAGGAAGUGGUAGCAGAGACGGUGCUAGGAUCUAAGAAGUUACAUAUAUCGUUUUUAAUUAAAGGAUGUAUAAUAAAACAAACAGCUUAGUGGCAAGAAAUUGGUGCUAAUAAACAAAAGGU